UUUUGUGUCAGGUGACGAUGACCCAGAUGGAAAACCGAGUGAAGGUUAGUUCAGCCAUAAUCUCCUACAGUUAAAAUUAAAACGCUGUCGGGAUGGCUUGGUGGUAACACUUGCCGCAUUCUUUUUCUAUACAAGGUCAAACUCGGAUAUAAUGGGUGAUGACCGAGAUUCAGGGAACCAGUCAGAAGGCUAGAAAUUCUUUUACCCGAGGUUGAAAAUGAUAUAUGCGUUAAAUGGUUAGAUAAUAACACGUCAUUCAAACGUUACGUGCAAUGGAUGAAAGUACGAAACAUCUCGGUCUUAAACAUAUCUUUCCCACAUCAAGUUAUUUUGAUCGUGUUUCAAGUUUCCAAACUUCGUAUCAAAGUUUUUCUCAUCCUUAGGGGAAAAGGCUUUACAGAGACUAAUAGACAGCAACCAAUGCUGGAAUGUUGAUAAUAUCAAGGAUGUUGUCACUGCCAAGCAUUUGUGCUCUUGCAGAGAUCCCAUUACGAUGGCUUUUAAGGUAAACCGCACGCUUCUGAAGCUAGCUCAUACUUACACAGAGAACACUGAGUUCUUAAAAAGGCUUGCAGACCAGACUGAAGAAUUCGCUGUACAGCUUAUUGACCAGGUGACUGCCAAAGAGCAGCUGGUUAUGGGGGACCUGCCUGAACACGUUGAUCGCUAUGCUUCAAUGCUUACUGACAUGGCUGAUGAUGCAAUUAUCCACUCCCAGAAAAAGUUUGUUGCGCAUCCGUUAUUAUACAAGACGCUCAAGAUGAGGUGGAACCUUGGUUUGCCUGAUGCUUUAAAACCCCAUGGGAAGUUUCGAAGACUUCUGUUUCUACUGAUUCUGAUAGACACAGUUUUGACUCCACUUCUGCUUCCAAUCAUUGCAUAUGCCUCCUACAGGGACCAAAAGAAGAUGCGCAAGGUUUUGGAUAGUACAAAGGAGAGCAAUGAACGUGGACACUUGACUGAUGCAAGAUCAGUGCAGGAUAAGUUAGACAAAUACCUCAGUUUCUUUAACACGCCUCUGGUCUUAUUCCUCAAAGACAAGCUCAGUCAGGUGGCUUUCAUUGCCUUUCACGUUCGUGUUUGCAUCCUGGCUUCUACUGUUUAUCCAAGGUUCGAGGAAUACUUGAUAUUUCUUUUCUUCGCUGGAGUGGUCCUUAGCGAGCGGCAACAAUAUACAGCAUCACCGUUUAAAUACUUCAAGUAA